ACCAGGGCUGAGCCAGCCGAGACGGAGGUACGGGCAGUGGGGCCCCCCACCCCACAGAGGAUGCAGUUCUUCGGCCGCCUGGUGAAUACCCUCAGCAGUGUCACCAACUUGUUCUCCAACCCAUACCGCGUGAAGGAGGUGGCCAUCGUCGACUACACCCUGAGUGAGCGCCUUCGGGAGGAAGGGCAGCUGAUCCUGUUCCAGAAUGUUCCCAAUCGCACCUGGGACUGCAUCCUGAUCAGCCCUAAGAACUCACAGAACGGCUUCCGGCUUUUCCAGCUGGAGUCAGAGGCCGAUGCUCAGGUGAACUUCCAGCAGUACUCAUCCCAGCUGCCGCCCUUCUAUGAGAGCUCCACGCAGGUCCUGCAGGUGGAUGUCCUGCAGCAGCUGACCGACCUCAUCCGCAACCACCCCAGCUGGUCGGCCGCUCACCUGGCGGUGGAGCUGGGCAUCCGAGAGUGCUUCCACCACAGCCGCAUCAUCAGCUGUGCCAACAACACAGAGAACGAGGAGGGCUGCACCCCCUUGCACCUGGCCUGCCGCAAGGGGAAUGGGGAGAUCCUGGUGGAGCUGGUGCAAUACUGCCAUGCCCAGAUGGACGUCACGGACAACAAGGGGGAGACGGCCUUCCAUUACGCCGUGCAGGGUGACAACUCCCAGGUGCUGCAGCUCCUGGGCAAGAACGCCUCCUCGGGCCUGAACCAGGUGAAUAACCAGGGGCUGACCCCGCUGCACCUGGCCUGCCAGAUGGGGAAGCAGGAGAUGGUCCGCGUGCUGCUGCUGUGCAAUGCCCGCUGCAACGUGAUGGGGCCGGGCGGCUACCCGAUCCACACCGCCAUGAAGUUCUCCCAGAAGGGGUGUGCUGAAAUGAUUAUCAGCAUGGACAGCAACCAGAUCCACAGCAAAGACCCUCGCUAUGGAGCCAGCCCCCUCCACUGGGCCAAGAACGCUGAGAUGGCGCGCAUGCUGCUGAAGCGGGGCUGUGAGGUGGAGAGCACCAGCGCCUCGGGGAACACAGCUCUGCACGUGGCCGUGAUGCGCAACCGCUUCGACUGCGUCAUGGUGCUGCUGACCUACGGGGCCAACGCGGGCGCCCGCGGCGAGAACGGCAACACCCCGCUGCACCUGGCCAUGUCUAAUGACAACUUAGACUUGGUCAAGGCCCUCAUUGUGUUUGGAGCAGAGGUGGACGUCCCAAAUGACUUCGGGGAGACUCCUGCAUUAAUAGCUUCCAAGAUCAGCAAAAUGGUCACCAGGAAGGCGCUCUUGGCCCUGCUGAAAACCGUGGGGGCUGACUACCGCGUCCCAGGCAUCCCAGAGGUCCCUGCGGCUCAGGGCUCUGCAGCAUUGCCUCACCCCUUCUCCCUGGAGAGAGCUCAGCCCCCAGAGAUCAGCUUAAACAACCUAGAGCUGCAGGACCUCUUGCCCAUCUCCCGGGCCCGGAAGCCAGCAUUCAUCUUGAGCUCCAUGAGGGACGAGAAGCGGACCCAUGAUCACCUGCUCUGCCUGGAUGGAGGGGGCGUGAAAGGCCUGGUCAUCAUCCAGCUCCUCAUCGCCAUCGAGAAGGCCUCCGGCAUGGCCACCAAGGACCUCUUUGACUGGGUGGCAGGGACCAGCACGGGGGGCAUCCUGGCCCUGGCCAUUCUGCACAGUGAGGUGAUGCUGACUGGGACGCUGUCGGACAGGCAGCCUGCCGAGCUCCACCUCUUCCGGAACUAUGAGGCACCAGAGGCCGUUCGGGAGCCUCGCUUCACUCAGAAUGUUAACCUAAAGCCGCCAACCCACCCCUCAGACCAGCUGGUAUGGCGGGCGGCGCGGAGCAGUGGGGCAGCCCCUACCUACUUCCGGCCCAACGGGCGCUUCCUGGACGGCGGGCUGCUGGCCAACAACCCCACACUGGACGCUAUGACCGAGAUCCAUGAGUUCAACCAGGACAUGAUCCGCAAGGGCCAGGGGAGCAAGGUGAAGAAACUGUCCAUCGUUGUCUCCUUGGGGACAGGGAGGUCCCCGCAGGUGCCGGUGACCUGUGUGGAUGUCUUCCGGCCCAGCAACCCCUGGGAACUGGCCAAGACCGUUUUCGGGGCCAAGGAAUUGGGCAAGAUGGUGGUGGACUGUUGCACAGAUCCAGAUGGCCGGGCCGUGGACCGGGCCCGGGCCUGGUGCGAGAUGGUUGACAUCCAGUACUUCAGAUUGAACCCCCAGCUGGGGAUGGACAUCAUGCUGGAUGAGGUCAGCGACGCUGUGCUGGUGAACGCUCUGUGGGAGACGGAGGUGUACAUCUACGAGCAGCGGGAGCAGUUCCAGAAGCUGGUCCAGCUGCUGCUCGCUCCUUGAGCCCCCGACCCACCGCGGGCCCGGGGCCGCAGAGCCGGCCCGCAGCUCCAUGAUCACCAGGGGCCGGCGGCUGCAUCCGGGGGCCAGCCCCCCCCCCGCCUUGUCACUUCAGGCCCCCCUCAGCCCCUUUCCUGACUUGCCUGAGGGACUAAAAACCAGGGGAACCCCACCCCGCCUGGCCUGGAGGCCAGCCCACCCAAUCUACCCCCUUCCCUGGUGGUAGGGGCCAGAGAAAUGGGGAGUCACUGCCCCACCACUUACAGAAACCCAGGCUCCAGGAGUGGGGUGUCCCAUUCAACUUUGCCCUCUGCACACCCCAGCACCCCACCCCUAGAGCUGCCCAGCUCCCAAAGGUCACUCCUGCCAGCUCACUUCCCUGCCCACGUGCUGUGAGAACAGGAGGGGCCACCCCGAAAUGUGAAAUAAAUUAUUCUGACUCAGGUG